UAAGUAUGAUUGGUAUCGCCCAUCCCUAGCAUCAAGUACUCCGAAGCAGAGGGUGGCGCCAGAGUGCAAUUUGGUCUUUAAGAGAAGCAACGAAACACUGAUCCAGGUUCCGGGGAAAACAGCAACACAUGGAUGACGUUUCAACUUCUCAAGACCCUUGCACUCUGACGAGGUCAUCAUGACGAGGUGGGCGCGGGCCAACAACGUCCACAAGCACAAGGCCGCCGAGGCCACGCCCUGGAGUCGGCUGCGGGCCGGAGCAAGAGGAGAAGAACCUCAGAGGAGCCACGCUCGAGGAAUGCAACCGGGCGGCUCGGCGGUGAAGAAGGCCAACAAGAAGAAGAAGGAAUACACGGACCAGGAUGUCAAUGGCUUCCUGGCCUUUCUGCAGCAGGGCGGGCAAACGACGGCGGCGACAACGCACGGGCAGCAGGAGCUGCGGCAAGAGGUGGAGGUGGCCUUGAAGAAGGACCAGAGGAGAGAAAGCAGGAGGCUCAAGAGGCAGGCAGACAAGAAGAACAGAAUGCUGUGCUUCAACUGCAGGAAGCCCGGCCACGGCCUGGCCGACUGUCCAGAGGCAGAGGGCGACCGGGAGAUGGGUAGCGACAUCUGCUACCGAUGCGGUUCCACCGAGCACGAAAUCCACCGCUGCCGGGCCAAAGUGGACCCCGCCGUCGGUGCCUACCCGUACGCCAAGUGCUUCAUCUGUGGUCAGACGGGACAUUUGUCACGCUCCUGCCAGGACAACCCCAAAGGCCUCUACGCUCAAGGAGGGAGCUGUCGAGUCUGCGGAUCUGUGGAACAUUUCCAGAAGGACUGUCCCGAACAUCAAGCCUCCAGUCAUAACGUGACGUUGAGCUGGUUGUCCAACAACAUGAGCGCCGACCAUGAGGACGUCCACGUUCCCGUGGUCAAGAGCGAACCCAAGCGCCACAAAGUGGUGGUCUUCUGAACUUGUUGCCGCUGCAACCCUUUUGCCUCUUUCCAAAAUCAUUUUGUUCGCUUUUGUUAUGCUAGUAAAUCAAUCAAAAGAC